UCGAAAGACGCUUCUUGCAUCAGUAAUCGAGGAAAUAAAAGUCAUAUUAGUCAAGGGAGAAUUUAGUAAAUCAGGUCCGUACAAUCAAAAGUCGGUUUUCUAGUUCUCAGAUUAUCUAAUCCCUGCACACCUACGUCGUUGCUGCUUCAAAACAUCCUCGUAUCUCUGUCGUUGUUUUUUAUGUGAAAUAUCAAAAAUGGCCCCUCGGACAAGAAGAAUGGCGUUUCCGAAAGUGUUGAUUGAGAGAGACACCGACUCCGAGCAAAGUUCUUCAUCGGACGAUGAAGAUGAGUUGGAAGAAGAAGAUGAGGGCCCACCAUCAGAACCAGAACCAGAAGAGGAGGAUUCAACCAAAAAUGGAUACGAAGAGAGAAUAGAAGAAGAUUUAAGUUUAAAAAAGAAAGGAAAAGCACCCAUCACUAUUAGUCUCAAGAAAGUUUGCAAAGUGUGUAAGAAACCGGGACAUGAAGCGGGAUUUAAAGGAGCAACAUACAUAGAUUGUCCUAUGAAACCUUGCUUUCUCUGCAAAAUGCCAGGCCACACUACAAUGACAUGCCCGCAUAGAGUGGCAAUUGAGCAUGGUGUAAUCCCAGCACCCCGUACAAGUACUCAUAAUACAGUGGAAUAUGUCUUACAGCGCCAGCUUAGACCAAGAAUCCUUCCAAUAAAACCAGCAUAUGUUAUACCAGAUCAAGUUUGUUGUGCAGUUAUCAGAUACCACAGCAGGCGAGUAACAUGUUUGGAAUUUCAUCCAACAAAAAAUAACAUCCUUUUAUCUGGAGAUAAGAAAGGACAAGUUGGAGUUUGGGAUUUUGACAAAGUGCAUGAAAGGAUGGUUUAUCAAAACAUACACACUUGUAUUGUAAAUAACAUGAGGUUUAAAUCUACAAAUGAUGGUAUGGUAUAUGCUGCAUCCUCUGAUGGAACAAUUAGUAGCACUGAUUUGGAGACUGGAAUGUCAUCAUCUCUGAUGAACCUUAAUCCUAAUGGCUGGCAGGGUCCAAGUAAUUGGAGAAUGCUUUAUGGCAUGGAUAUCAAUUCAGAGAAAGGUGUUGUGCUUGUUGCUGACAACUUUGGUUUUCUCUACAUGGUGGAUACACGAUCCAACAGUAAAAUUGGGGAGGCAAUUUUGAUCCAUAAGAAAGGUAGCAAAGUUGUUGGACUUCAUUGCAAUCCAGUUCAACCAGAGCUUCUUUUGAGCUGUGGAAAUGAUCAUUUUGCUCGUAUAUGGGAUAUGCGUCAACUGAAAGCUGGAUCAUCUCUUUCUGACCUUGCACACAAACGCGUUGUUAACUCUGCAUAUUUUUCUCCAUUGUCUGGUAGCAAGAUUCUUACCACUUCACAAGACAACCGCCUGCGUAUUUGGGAUUCUAUAUUUGGAAACUUGGACUCCCCAAGCCGAGAAAUCGUACACAGUCAUGAUUUUAACAGACAUCUGACCCCUUUCCGUGCUGAAUGGGAUCCAAAGGAUCCAACAGAGUCCCUUGCAGUUAUUGGUCGCUACAUAAGCGAAAAUUACAAUGGAGCUGCCUUGCAUCCGAUUGAUUUUAUUGACAUUAGCACUGGGCAACUAGUUGCUGAAGUUAUGGAUCCAAACAUCACCACCAUUAGUCCUGUGAACAAGCUACAUCCACGAGAUGAUAUUUUGGCAUCUGGCAGUUCGAGGUCCCUUUUCAUUUGGAGGCCAAAGGAGAAGUCUGAACCUGUGGAAAAGAAAGAUGAAAGCAAGAUUAUUAUUUGUGGAGGUGCUAUGAAAAAGCGUAAAGGCAAGUUUCGUGGUGAAAGUGAUGAUGAUUCUGAAGAUGAUGGAUGUGUAUCCAAGGGCAAGAAUUUUCAAUUUAAAAAGGCUGAAUCAAAAUCAGCUCCCAGACCUCGCAAGGUUAACAAAUAAGCUUACAAAUGGGAACAAUCUGUAUUAUCUACUGCUGUGGACGGAAGUUUUGUCCCUAUAUUUGUUGAUUCCACCUAUAAAUCUCUACAUGGGUCGCCAAGUAACCUUCAUUUUGACAGAAGUGCACUUUAGCAGCAGCAGCAGCAGCAGCGCUCCUCCUUUUGUAUUCUGUAUAAUUGCGAACAAAAUGCAAUGCAAUGUAAUUUAUGUUUCCUUGUUCUGGUAGUAGUAUUGCAGCAGGAUUUCGUGAUUGCCUUUUGGAUCAUUAUAUGAUGGGAUUUUCUUCA